CCGUUCCGUCGUCGUCCGAUUACUGGUCCGAUUAGUUCGCGGAGGAGCUUCUUUCCCGUCCGAAAUCUUCCGCCGCGCCCCGUUUCGCUGUAUUUGUGUGCGCGCGUGCUUUGGUGUGUGUCCCGCAAGUAGCUGUCACUAAACUCUCUUGAACCAUCGCCGUCAGUUUUGUGAGUGUGUCGAGUGCGCGCGGCGGUGUUUCUGUUCCUCCUCCUUCUCGCGGGCGUCGUCGUCGUCUUUUGGGUGGGUGCGUCCGUUCCGUGGCGUCCGUAGCAGGUUCCGGCCGAGAGGCGGUUGUGGGAUACAACUGUGGGAUUUCGGAGGUGGGAGAAUCGACCGGAGCAGCUUCACCAGUUAUCACCGCUCGGAGUUCCGGAAGGCGGAAGUAGGAGGCCGCAGCGCCAGGUAGCAGCAGGAGGAGGAAAAUUUUAUCGAUCCGUUUUGCACAACGAGAGCGGGAUGGCAGCAGCGGAUCGUUGAUUUUGCGGUGCUGUCAACGCCAGGUCAAUCGACCCAGAAUCGAGGGAGCGGUCUUCCGGGAAUCGUCCCAGUCGGUCGUGGUUCUAAAAGCAAACUGGGUGAAAGGUAUUUUUAAACUUGGAAACGGCAAGCUUCAAGUGCAAUUUCCAAAGAUCAAAAUUCCUGAGGGAAACAAGUGCAUCAUCGGUUCCGAGGGAGUGGAGGGAAAAAGUGGUUCCCCGAUUGGUGUGCAAAGUAGUGAUUUAUAGCAGGUUCCGCAAGCGAAGCAAGAAAUACGGCGGCCAAUCGAAAAGGUCAACGUUGCAAAAGAUAAAAAUAAAGCAUCUUUUUCGCUGCUGCUGGUGGUGAUCUCUGAAGUGUGUAGAGAAGAAGAAGUGGCGCUGAGUUGUGCGAAUAGUGACGAAAGUUGUUGCACGGAGUAAUUCGCACGCCGUGGCCAGAAGUUUUGAUUGGUCUAUCGAGAGAAUUGAACCGGAGUAAUUGAUGGUAUGUUAACCUUCCAUUUCAACUCUAAAGUAAGGCAGCAAUCACUUCGUAUGCACAAUCCGUGUACCACCAACUAACCGACGAUAGACGACGAGCCACCAUGCCUCACCGGAAUGCAGUCCAUCAUCAGCACCAACAGCCUCAGCCUAGAAGUUUAGUGUAGUGACCUGAGAAGACGACUCUUUCUCCAACCGAAGAAGAAAAAGAAGCUAGUGAAACGUUUACGGGUUAGAUUUUAGUUUUUUUUUCUGCGCUAAGGUAGUGUCGUGUAGAGAAAAAAAGUGGGACCAACCAAGUUGAAGCCGGUGGUACAAUGCUGAACUCCAUCUCGAAGCAUCUGCUUCACUGCGCGCUGCUCUUCACGCUGUUGAUCGUGUUCGAGGUGUUCUCCGGCGGCAUCAAGGUCAACGAAAACAGCUUCGUCGCGAUCGAUCCCUGGGAGGAGUAUGGCACCGUUCCGACGCUGCUGCUGUACACGCUCCGGUUGCUCACGUUCCUCACGCUGCCCCAGGUGCUGUUCAACUUCUUCGGGCUGGUGUUCUACAAUGCCUUCCCGGAGAAGGUAGUGCUGAAGGGUUCGCCGCUGCUGGCGCCCUUCAUCUGCAUCCGGGUGGUGACCCGCGGCGACUACCCGGACCUAGUCAAGUCGAACGUCCUGCGCAACAUGAACACCUGCCUGGACACCGGCCUCGAGAACUUCCUGGUGGAGGUCGUCAGCGAUAAGCCGGUAAAUCUACCGAAACAUCGCCGCACGAGGGAGAUUGUCGUCCCGAAGGACUACAAAACCAAAACCGGUGCGCUGUUCAAGUCGCGUGCCCUGCAGUACUGCCUGGAGGACAACGUGAACGUACUUAACAACAACGACUGGGUGGUCCACCUGGACGAGGAAACGCUCCUCACCGAGAACAGCGUCCGCGGCAUCAUCAACUUUGUCCUGGACGGGAAGCACCCCUUCGGGCAGGGCCUGAUCACGUACGCCAACGAGAACGUCGUCAACUGGCUGACGACGCUGGCGGACAGCUUCCGCGUUUCGGACGACAUGGGCAAGCUGCGGCUGCAGUUCAAGAUGUUCCACAAGCCGUACUUCAGCUGGAAGGGCAGUUACGUGGUUACUCAGGUCCACGCCGAGAAGGAGGUCUCGUUCGACAACGGCAUCGACGGUUCGGUCGCGGAGGACUGCUUCUUCGCGAUGCGUGCGUUCGCCGCCGGGUACACCUUCAACUUCAUCGAGGGCGAAAUGUACGAGAAGAGCCCGUUCACGCUGCUCGACUUUCUGCAGCAGCGCAAACGCUGGCUCCAGGGCAUCCUGCUGGUGGUCCACUCGAAGACGAUCCCGCUGCGCAACAAGCUGCUGCUGGGGAUCAGCGUGUACUCCUGGGUCACGAUGCCCCUGUCGACGUCGAAUAUGAUCUUCGCGGGGCUGUACCCGAUUCCGUGCCCGAACCUGGUGGACUUUUUGUGCGCGUUCAUCGCCGGGUUCAACAUCUACAUGUACGUGUUCGGGGUGAUCAAGAGCUUCUCGCUGUACCGGUUCGGCGUGGUCAAGUUCCUGGCGUGCGUGUUGGGCGCGCUGUGCACCAUCCCGAUCAACGUGGUCAUCGAGAACGUGGCGGUGAUUUGGGGGCUGGUCGGGAAGAAGCACAAGUUUUACGUGGUGCAGAAGGACGUCCGGGCGCUUGUUACCGUUUAAAGAGGGGAAGCAGCAGCAGUAUCAUUACUAGUAGGUUUAAAGUUCUUUCUAAUUACGAUUAUUUUUACCAAGAGCAAGUUAGCUGUUAGCACACGAACACACACACAACAUCCCUAAACCAACCAACCAACCUUUGUACAUUUGUUAGAGUUUGUGAGUUUUUUUCUGAAUUUAUCAGAAAAAAGAAAGAGUAUUUUGCGCGCUUAACCGUUUUAAGGGAAACGAAAGUCAUUUGUGUAUGUUGUUUUUAUGUGGAACAUCCUCAUGAAAUGGAACAAAAAAAUAUAUAAGUUUAUUCUAUACAGAAAUUGUUUGGUUCUUCCCCGACUUGAUUUUGAUUGAGUGCGAGAGUGUGUGCGGGUGUGCGAGCAAGAGAAAAAUUCUAUGAGAUUUUUUCAUUGUUAUUUAUUUUUUUCCGUGUACAUUUUUUUCUGUUUUCCGUGUGUGUAGAGAAGAGUAAGGUUAGGCUUUUUUACGUGUACAAUUGUAUUUUGAGAACCGUGUUCUCACCAACGUGUAUAAUUAGUGAAUAUCAUUACGUUUACGUGGCAUUGGCAUUUUUUCCUCUUUCCCCAUUUCCCCGCUCACCACUUUUAGCAGAUUCCUUGAUCUUUUCACUCUGGGUGCUCUUAAAAAUCACACACGCAAAUCAUUUCAUUAUUCGAUUUCAAACAUAAAAUACCACAAACACACAAGCAAAAAAAAAAACGGGACGAAUCUACUUAUUUAGAAAACAAUUUAAAACGUGACUUCGUUGUCGAAACAGAACAAGUAAAACUAACUAACUCACAUUUAGUCAAAAGUCGAGUGGAGCAAAACAACAAAAAAUGUUUAAACAACUAAGGCAAAAACUCCCACGUCCACACACGUUGUUCACAAUCUAUAUUUAAUAAAAUUAAACAACAACAAAAAAAAACAAGUUAGCGAUAUGAUUAGACACAACCAUUUAACGAUUAAACGCAGUGCGCUAGGAAAAGAUAAAAAAAAUCUGGAAGAGGACAAACUUGCAACAUCAAAAAGAAACUUAGCUGAACAUUUAACUGAAACAAGAAAAAAAGAGAAAUCACAAAAACUUAAGAAAUAUUAAAGUCGCAAGCUAGAAGUUAUUCCAAAAUCAAUAUUGUUUAAGGCUAAAAGGAAAUGUUUCUAUAAUUUUUUCGAUAGAAACAGCAAACACACACAAACCAACAGUCAUUUGAUAUGAGCGCCGACAUGUUGCGAGAGAGGUGGGUAAAUUUAAAACUGCGCUGCGCGCGCUUGGCUUCUCUGUCUCCUGCGUAGAAGGGAGAGAUCAGCGAAGCAAUAUGGGAUAAAAUACCUUACUAAAAAAA